GCCAAUCAAAUGGCAGCAACUCAAUGCAUUUAGUUAUGUUUACAGGGAAAUGUACAAAAAAGACAAAAUAUCCAGUGAGCACCAGUUCUCUGGGUGAACAGGACAAGACUGGGACAAAAAAAUAUCGUCCCACCAUGAUUACUCAAACUAGCUGCUGGAUAGCACUGUGGUAGCGCUAUUCACCUUUGAAACUUCACGUCUAUGAUUUGACUCUUGAUUAUAUAUAAAGCGUACGCAUACUCUGUAUUUAUCUCCUUUUGUUGGAUUAUAGAUAUUGAAACAGGGUUUAAUCAGGUUGAUACAGUUGUUGUUGGAUCAUUUCUUAGUUACACCUCAGCGUGUGACAAUAAUUAAAAGCUACACUUUAGCUAUUAACAGUGGCUCAUAGUUAAAUCAGUCAUUUGUGUUACCUGAUUUGUUGAACCUCUCCCUUUUUAAUUAUGUUCCUCCAUCAUUUUCUUACCAUGUUAAUUUAAUUUUCCUCACUGCUCCACAGCUGGUGCUAGCAGCAGCAGCAGCCUCUUGUGAGUGUGAGGAGUUGUGGCUGUUCACAGUGCAGCAGUACUGGCAGCUAACAUGUCGGUUAAUUUGACUAUUGUUUCCUCUCAGCUUUUCGGCUCCAUUUUUUGCCACUUCUUCCACACGAAACUUUUUCUACAAGCUGCCUGAGCAAACAGAGGUGUAGCCUGUCGCAUUAAGAGAUCUGAUUGGGCAAUCCAGUGUCAGUAAUGAAAAUGAACAAAUGGGCUGCUGCCAGAGCACAGCAGCUCUUCAGGCCGAUCGAUCAGCCCAAAAGUGUGUCGGCCCACAGGGAAAAUGUCCAGUAUGAGGGAUUGCCAGUCCAUCCCUGUGGGCGAAUAUGCCUCGUUGAUGCUUCGAGCUGAUAGGAAGGAAACAGUAUCUCAAAUAACCACUUGUUACAGAAGAGCAUCUCUAAAUCCACAAAAUGCAAACCUUGAAGCAGAGGGGGGCAACAGCAGUGUCAGCUAAGAACAGGAAACUGAGGCGAUAUUCCACCUGGGCUCAUCAAAAUUGGACAGUUGUAAAAAUAUUGCCAGGUCUGAUGAGUGGUGGUGGUGCAGCUGACAUCUGUGUUAUACUGUUGUAUCCAUUGGACCAACAUUUGUGAGAAUGUCUUAUUUAAUCUGCUCCAUGAAAAAUGAAAAUGAUUCUGAAGACUAAAGGAGGUUCAACCUGGUGCUAUCAAGGUGUAACUAAUGAAGUGGCCGCAAGUGUAUAGCGAAGCAAACAACAUUUCACUGAGUGAGUGAGUCCUUUGUCUGUGCUGCACACUAAUUGUAACCCAAGUUGUGGCCUUCUGAUGAAGUGAGCCAAGUGCUGAAAAAGGAAUGUGCUGCCUCACACUCUGGGUGAGACAGCGAGAGAGAGAUUUCGCUGUCCCCGUCUCUCUCUGUCACUCUUUGUCUCAGCUUUGACAAGCAGGUCAGACAUACACGUGUGAGAUAUUCUUGCUACCGUUUCCCAACAGCUGCUGCCAACAUGGUAUGUCACCUAGUAGCAUUGCCUUUUCCACUUAAACACAUUUUUCUUUCCUCCUCAUGUCUUCACUGUUCUCUGUUCUCUGUCUUGUUAGUUUCAACUCCCCUCGCCAAAAUGUCUCGGUACUAUGAGUCUGAAGAUCCACAUGAGUGUCUCAGUGUAAACUGUGGUUUAAGCUGUGUGUUGUGAUUUGCCUUUGAAUGCAAUGACAUGUUUUUAAAUAUCCAUUAAUCACAAUGUUGUAUUUAUCUCCCUGAUCUCAAAGAGCAAUCAUUGUUGUCACCUUCCGUUGUUGCACUAAUUGAAAAUUUUCUCAUCUUCCUAUAUUUUUCAUUUCACAUUGUCACAUCUUAUCUCGUAGUUUGUCCUUAGGAUGGUCUUGUCAUAUGUGGAGUGAGGCGGUGGUGAUUCAGCGGCCACAGGCAAAGCGUUGUGUACAUCUGACUGACGUUAUAUAAGAGAGUAGCGAAAACUGCAUUAAUAAAUGAUUUGCAUACUUUAAAUCUAUAAAUCUAAGAAACACUGCUGCAUGAAGAUAUAAUACAAAAUGAUGCACAGAGAACGGUAGGAAUGAUUUUUCCUCAAAAGAUAAGCUGAAAGCCCCACCAGCGUCUUAUAAUUGAUCUUAAUGCUUUUGUUACUGUAUCAGUAUUAAUUAUAUGAUAUCAAGUGUAAAGUUUUCAAGAGUUAUUAGGUGAUUUUGCUCUUCUUAAAAUAAAAGUAAUAUCAGUAAUAAAAGUACUAUCAGCUUUUAGUCUCCCAGUGAGUACUUACAGAAGUGUAUUUCGCACACAGGCACACACAUGCACACAUGUCCCGUGUCUUUUGGUUUCGACUGACAGUGGCUGGGUGGCAUCAAGGAUCAAGUUCCUCUUUGGUAUUAUAAGCCAAUUAUGACUGUGAUAUUGAGCCCUCUCUUGCUCACUCUCUCUUUCUGUAUGUGUGUGUUAGUGAGUGUGUGUCACAAAUACCACAGAGGAAAAGUAGGAAACAGCAACUCGCUCUUGCUCUCUCACUGCUCCUCGUGUUUGGCCAUGUUUCCUCACGCAGACUAACCUGGAACAUAACGGCCAGCACUUGAGGUGCCGCAAGAGGCAGAGAACAAACACAGAGACGGAAAAACAGAUGCAGAAAACACAGUUUGCACUGAGAGAGAGAGAGAGGGAGCGAUAACAGGACAAAUCACAGGCUGCGUGUGGACCAGCUGAAUACUUGACCAAUGCUCAUCCAGCUUGCUUGAGGUUGUCCUGAGCCACUCAGCUGUGAACGAGUGUCUGUGCAGAAUGGAUUUUAUUUUGGUUCAGCAGACAGCGUGCGGGAGCAGCAGCUUUGUAGACGAUUCCCGCUCCUUUUGGAUUAUCUCAGAAAUUGCCGAUGUUGUGACAACCAGAAAAGGCAGAACCCAGAAAGGAAGAUGAACUUUGAUUCUCUCGAGGGAUCCAUCCAAAACCUUCUGUCUGUGCUGUUCCCGCCCUUUGAGGCCACCGCCCCCACGCUUCUCAGCCAGCUCUUCCAAGUCAUCGACAAUCAUUAUCAGGGAGACGCCCUUCGGUGCUUGCUGGACUUUCUGGUCCCAGCCAAGCACAUCUUAGACACCGUGCAGCAGGCUGCAUGUGCUCCAUACUCUGGUGUUCUUUUCGUCUAUGAGGGCUGGCCUCUGUGCUUAUGUGACCAAGUUGUCGUCCAUCUUGCUCCCAUCGACCCAGUGCUACUUCAGCCGGGUGAUUUUUAUCUCCAGGUGGCACCAUUCUGUGACCAAUCAGCUCGCAUCGUGGUUUGCAGCCUCCUGGAAGACGAGGACUUAUUGGAGGAAUUAGUAGAGGAAACCCCAAUUCCUGAAACUUCCUAUCCUUGCAUAUUCAGCCUCGACUGGUUAGAUGAGCUCAACAACGGCCGCCAGGGAACGCCUCUCAGCCGAUGCCUGCUUGCCACAGAGCAGGGCGUGGUGAGGUUACCAUGGGAACGGGUGGCCGUGCCUGAAUUUGCCGACAGGCCACACAGUGCUAGGAGUAGUAUGGCCUCUGCUCCUCGCUCAUAUCCUCCUUUGCCAUCUCCGCUUCCUCUCCUUUCACCUCUUCCUAAUUCUUCAUCUAAUCAAUCUUUACCACUUAUUCCUUCAAAGGAAUCUGCACUCAAACUGCUUCCUCUAACCAUUCAAAAUUCAGUUUUAACAUCUUCUUCACAUCCCUCUGCCUUCUCCGUGGAGACCAGAAUAUGUCCAGCAAAGCACGGUAUUGCUGUGUCGCUUUGCUUGGUUGAUGUUAGUGCUGCUUCUUCGUCAAGGCUGAUCAGAGUUACAGAGACUGAAUCAGAGCCUAAGCCUUUAGGUUGGGUGUCCCCUAACACGUGGGAUAGCCGCUUUACUGGGAAAGGUACAAGCACAAGACCAAGCACUGUUUCAGAUACGUGGACCCCUACGAAUACUGAUCUAAUUGUAUGCAAAGGUCAAGAUAAGGGUGCUGAAAUCACAGCGCAAGAUAAAGGUAAAGAUAGAAACCUUCAAGAUACCAGUAGAGGUGAGCCAGCACCCAUUGUUGGUGCAGAAGGGGAAUAUAUUGAUAUCCUUCAAGCCACUAUGCUUUUCAGUAGAGCUCAGUCAAUUAAAGAAGAAAAACAAAAAUCAGAGGCACAAAUCCAACCACAUGCACAAAUUCAGGGACAAAUGCAGAGAUAUCUGCAGAGACCUGCACAAAUCCAGCCACAGGAUUCACACAGGCAAACACAAGGGCAGACGGCAACACGGAUGCCACCUCCCACACAGUGGCAAGCACCAGUGCAGCUACCUGCAAAACCUCAAACGCAAAGUCAUCUUAGACCCAACGAGUCUGCAGAAAAAGGACCUCCAUCCACUUUCAGUCCUUCCCAGCCUCACCACCCUCACUCUGACUUCACUGAUCCCUCUGAGUGUAUCCGGACUGUGCAUUUCUCAGAGAAACCCUGUACUCCAUGCAUGAGAAGAAAACAGGGCGGAAAGGUUUCCAGGGCUCAGGAGCUGAGGUGUCGAUACAGGGACUCCUACCAGGCUGCGCUGCAAAAUCCCGUCACAUUUGGAAAGGAGGAAGAGAAAGGAGCUGCAUUAGCUGUGGUGGAGGAGGAUGGUGAUUUCUCACUGUGUAAAAACAGACAGGGGCCACUUGAGAAUGAAACAAGGGAUCUGUGUUUUAAUUUUCAAAGAAUGUAUGGUGACUCUGGGAUGCAAAACCACCGUCCUGAAGCUGUUUGUAAGGAGUCGGGAGAAUAUGACACAGCUCCAUAUUGGAAACCAGGAGAUAUAAACAUCACCCCCUGUAUGGAUUACAGGGGAAUAAAUGCUUGUCACUUUGGUGAGCUACCAGAGCAGACAUAUGAUAGGACCACAGUGCCAUUUAGGGAACCACUGGAUGUAAACUCUGCCUAUGGCAGUACACACAAUGUGAAUGGAACAAAUUCAACAGUAGAAACACAGAUGACCAACGCUAAAGCUCAGUCAAGCUCAAAUGGACAGUCACGUGUCUCCACCAAACACCACGGAUUACUAUUUAGUUCGAAUGAAAUUUCUGGGAAGCACGUGACCCUCAAACCCUGCGAGCAGCUGCCAAACAGAACAAGUUCUGCGGGGAGCCUUUUCACAGCAUCACAAAACAGACAAGUAUGCACAUCGGAUAAAAGGUGUUCAUCCCUCUCCACUGCUGUUGUGGACACCUCAGAGAAGUGUGAACUGGUUAUCGUCGAUGGUAAAAAUGUCAGGAGGAAAGAAAAUACCAACUCCUGUGCAGAGAUUCCCCAGCUGCAUGUGGUUAAAUGUAAAAACAGCACCGCCUUCAGAUUAGUUUCACCAAAGAUCAACAGGAGGAACAUGGCUGUUCUAGAUGGUGAUCAGCCUGGCAGCGCUUCCAUAACUAGUAGAAACAGCCAGCAAACACAGAAACCAUCACAGACAGAUACACCUCUAGUGGCAGGGACACAGAAGACCUCCCGGCCUCCCUCUGCUCGUCCUAGACCUGACCACUUACCUCUAGGAUCUCCAGACCCCGGAGCCCACCCCCUCUAUCUGGGAGUAGCAUCACUUACAGGCGGCAGAGACAGGACAGGCAGGGCAGUAGUUGAACUGUAUGGUGACCACCCGGGAUGGCGAACAGCUGUAACAAGCCAGGAGAUCUUCCAGAUGCUGCUCUACUUCCACUCUAUUACCAGGACAGAAAUCAGAGACAGUGGGAUGACACUAGUGUUUGAUGCGAGGAAAACUAAUCCUCAGCCGCACCUCUAUAAAGCUUUGAUGACUCUUCAGGAGCAGCGCCCUCAAGCAGUGAGCAGUUUGGUUAUGCUGGUGGACAAAGAGAACAACUUCAGACCAGAAAGGUGUCCAGGGAUACAGACUGAUAUAGUGACAUCAGUUAAAUCGUUGCUGAAGCUGGUGGAGGCGAGUCAGCUGAGUUCACACCUGGAUGGGACACUGUCUCGUGGUAACGUUGACUGGAAGGAGCUACAUCAGAAACUCUUCCCAUUUGUCUACGAUCUGCAUGUGGCCUCCAGCCUGCUCCUGAGAGCCAUCAGCAAGCUCGAGGAGCCCCGCAGGACAGAUACUGUACAGGGUGUGCAGCAGUGCAUGAUAGACCAGAGGACUCUGAUGAGGGAUGUUCUGGAGGACAGCCGAUUGGUCAGCCUGCAGAGAGAGGGUGGAGCUAUCCUGGCUAGGCUAAGGAAGCAGAGCGACCUCAAAUACCCCCACUGUGAGGACUUUAGUGAUGCAGUGGACUCAGUGACAGGUCUGUACAACCACGUUGAGGAGCAGGCUCACGUCCUCGUGCAGCGGUCCAACAUGUCGCUGGAGCACCUGGAGUACCUGCUCCAACUCAGAGAGAUGGAGGGGCACUUCACACAGAUUCAGCAGUGGUUUAAUGAGGAGGGAGAGCACCAUUUGUUGGAGGCAGAGUCAGUGGAGGACUCUGGAGACAGAAUGGAGCAGAUCCUCAACAGCUUCACUGGUUUCCUAAUUGAAGCUAAUGACCGACGGCACCACGCCAUGUCUUUGGUGUCAGAGGCCGAGCAGCUUCAGCAGAGAGGGAUCUCCUACCCAGAGACUGAGGCGUUCAGGGAUUUUGUCUGUACCUUCAAGUCAGGCCUGGAGGACUUCCUAUGCCGAGCAGAGGCGUGUGGCAGAGAGCUGCAGAUCAUGGUCAACGUGUGCGAUUUUUGUGAGCAGGCUACAGCACUGUCCAGUGAAUGCAUUGAUUACCUGGACCAGUGUCAGUCCAGAAUCCAUGCAGUGCAGGACCUUGAAAGCGCCUCACAGGUUAAACAAAGAGACACUCUGCUCCAAAACCAAGACUCUAGUCCAAACAUUGCAUCCCUUUGUCAGUUUGACAUCCAUACAGAGCAAGGCUCACAUCCAACCACCACCGGUGUUUCCCCCUCAUGCACCGACAGCUCCAUCCUCCAGGCUUUCCAUGACAGGUUCCAACAGUUCAGCCCGGAGAAAUUCCAGGAGGUAAAGGCACAGGCCAGCUUCCUGCAGGGCUCCCGGGGGAUGCGUGUCUGGAACUUUGCCUGGCUGAGAAGUCAGGAAGCCCGGCAACAGCUUCAGGAGAGGAUGCAGAAUGUGGAUGAGGUUUAUCACCAGAAACCAGAUUCUAGCAGCUGGUGUGAAGGUCAUUUUGUUGACGUGGUGAGCACUAAUGUUCAGACAGCUUCUCCCGGCAGCCAUAAUUUGGUGGUACAAUCAACCCCUGGGCCUCGGCAUCCGCAGUGGGAAAGCAUCAUGUCAGGAGCGGUGGAUUUAGGAAAGAGAAGACCGAUCCUGGGCAACAACUGCGCUAAUUCAACAGCUGUAGCCUGCUGUAACAUCAUCGUUAAACCUGAGGAUUACAGUGAGGCUGGAAUUUACCAGGGGUCAAAGGUCGCUCCACAAUCUCCUCAUAGGUCAGAAAGGAGAACAGAAAGAGAGGUGAAGAGGAGGCAAAUAAGCAGAGCAAGGAGCGAGAGAGACACUGCCGCUCUGUCUCAGUCCCACACUGUCGGCUGCCAAUGGUUUCCAUGGGGACGGGGUUUUGGGGUGAGGUCAGCGAGUCAGGACUCAUGUACCACACGAGUGGCAAAAGCAGGAUCAUCUACUCCUCCAGAGCAGCGAGUUCGAACCCCAUCAUCUUGUUCCCACCAUGGUCAGCCGUCUUGUCGAAUCCUCCAAGAAGCUCAGAAGUUUCAGAUCUCCCGCCAUGGGAGCUUCUGCUCAGAAGACUCCUGCAUGAGCGACCACGGGACUGUGGGGGGUAAAGGGACUUCAUGCUGCAAACACUCCAGCCUGCCCACUGGGAGGAAUGAGGGGACCUGUUGUUUAGAGAGUCCACAUGGGAGUGCCAGCCGCGCCCUGAGGCUGCAGCGUGUCAUGGAGGAGUUGGUGUUCACAGAGAGGGAGUACGUCCGCUCCUUAGGCUACAUCCUCACCCACUACCUCCCCCUAAUGGACAGACUAGACAUCCCCCAGGACCUCAGGGGCAAGCGAGGGGUCAUCUUUGGCAACCUGGAGAAGCUUUAUGAUUUCCACAGCCACUAUUUCCUGCCAGAGCUGGAGGCCUGUCCAAGGGAGCCUGCGAUGAUGGCCCGCUGCUUUCUCAGACACAGUGAGAGUUUUGGUCUAUAUGCUUUGUACAGCAAGAACAAACCUCAAUCAGAUGCCCUGAUCCUGCACCGUCCCCAUGACAUCUUCAAGAAGAAGCAGCAGGAGCUGGGAGACAUGAUGGACCUUUCAUCCUACCUUCUGCGCCCUAUUCAAAGAAUUAGCAAGUACAGCCUUCUGCUCCAGGACAUGUUAGCUUUGGCUGGCUCAUACAGGCCAAAAGAUAUCAUCCAGGAUGCACUGUGCACUUCUAAUAUAUGCUCGCAAAGCGUGUCCGGCCCAGCUGUGUAUGUGCCUGACCUGACGAGCAGUGAGAGGGAGCGGGAGAGGGCCGAGAUCCAGGCUGCCGCAGAUCUGAUUCGAUUUCAGAUGCGUCAUGGCAAUGAUUUACUCACCAUGGAUGCCAUUCAGGAUUGUGAUGUGAAUUUGAAAGAACAAGGCCAGCUGAUUCGCCAGGAUGAGUUCACGGUUUUCUUCAGGAAGAAGAAAUGUGUCCGCCGCGUCUUCCUCUUUGAAGAUCUGAUUCUCUUCAGCAAGACCAAGAAGACGGACAUCGGAAAUGACGUGUACAUCUACAAGCAGUCAUUCAAGACAAAUGACAUUGGGAUGACUCAUAACUCUGCUAUGAGCGCUCUGUGUUUUGAGAUCUGGUUCCGGAGGAGAAAAAGUGAGGACACCUACACUCUGAGAGCCUCAAGCGUGGAGGUGAAGAAAGCCUGGACCACAGACCUGGAGAGGAUACUCUGGGAUCAGGCUGCUCAUAGUAGAGAAAUGCGCAUGCAGGAGAGGGUAUUCAUGGGAAUGGACCGCAAGCCAUUCAUGGAUAUUCAACCCAGUGAUGCUGCAAUUUGUGACCGAGCUGUCAGCUGUGUUGUUACCGACAGAAUCCCUGUGGCGUGUUGUUCACACAGGGGUUUAGACUAUCCCCGACCUCACUCCAUUGGCUCUGGCAGCACCACCUCCACCACCCUCAGCCAAUCGUCUUCCUCAUCCGGCCGUGGCUCACUGCCCCCUGCCGGACAUCCCGGGAACCUGUCGCAGGGCGUGGAUGCCAAUCCAGCUGUCUGCUCCUCCCCUGACGCUGUGACUGACAAUGAACUCAACAAUCAUCACCUACAUCAACAUCACCUUAACUAUGAGCAGUGCAAUGAUCGCCAUCCACUGAUGGACAGCACCGAGUCUUCUGAGGAGUGCACGAAUCUCUUCAGCAGCUCGGAGCACAGCUGUCUGUCUGCCAUCAGUGGCGAAAUAGUGGACGACUCCUCCUGUGUAUCUCAGAAUUCACAGACCCACCCACAGACCUGUCGGACACCCAGCCUGAGGCGAAGCAGCUCACCGACAGCUACCAGAAAGAAGCCAGGUGUAGCUCCCAAACCUCCUCAUCUGGCUAAUUCUCAAGUGCAGGGUGAUGGACUUAUAAUUGGAAAAUCAACAGAAGUUUAAUAUUGAAUCCCCACCAGAAGAAAGAUUGGACUUCAACUCAGGCUGGUCAGUCCUGCUCCGGUCACCCAGCAGAGAUGGAUGAACUAUCAGAAUGAAAAAUAUUAUGUACAACCAGACUUUGUCAUUUUAGAGGCGUUUGGGGUUUGUUUUUGCAUGUGUCAUACCUCAGUCACUCAAAUGUGGUAAAUUUGAUCAUAUGAAGAAGAUAAGGCUGUGAUGCUGAUGUCACACAUUCAUCAUGAAGUGUGAAACGUAGAGCCAUCAGUGGGAGUUUUUUAAUAAACACAAUCAGAUAUGUGAUACGAGGUGUGCCUAGUCCUUUUGCCCAUCAGAGUCGUCCUAAUGCCCCCCAAUGCAGGUUUUACCAUUAUAAAGAACCAGGUAUCUGCUGUUACAGUUGUGGUGGAUUAAAACCAUAGCAAAAAUAUGCAGUUGAAUAGGAAUAAUUAUACCUGCUGCCUCACAUUAGGUCACCAAAAAUUCCAGAAAAACAUUCUCAUGUCAUGAAAUAUAACUAAUAUAUAUUUUAAAGUGUGAUUUGUCUUUUCUGCUGAUGUCUGGAGGCCAUGUUAUAAAAGAGCCCCUUGGGGUGACCAGAUAGCAAGGAGGCAUUCUAUGACUGCAUACUUUUUAAAAUAUGAUUUGUAUGAUCUUCUAUCCUGUACAGCUUGUACAAUUGUUGAUUAACAGGGAUCAUAGAGAUAAUGUUUUAUUUAUGGCUGUCUUGAAAGGUAGCAGCUCAUGUGAGACAAACACCAGAGCAGCAUGUAUAAACCACUCCAAUCUAGAGUAUUUAAUGCUUAUUUUUCUUUU